GGAAACAUCAAAACAACUUUUUACUCUUUGGCGUGUUUUCUUUUUUGUUUCGACCUUUUUCUUUCUUUUUCUUUUUCUUUUUUCUUUUUUUUUAUUAUUCAUCUCAUUCAUUAUUAUUAUUAUUAUUCCAUAAUACCCCCCUCUUCCCCAUUUAAAGGGAUUAUCUUCUUGAACUUUUUAUUAUUUGUACAUUAUUUCUAGUCAUGAUUCAAAACUCUGAUAUACCAACCUCUUCUUCUUCUUCGUCAUCUAACCAACAACAACAACCUAAAAUUCUCAAUAGAAUGUCCGACUUUUUAUUUCAAAAAAGACAAAGAUCUUUAUUACAAGAAGAAUACCCAGAAACAUCUUCUUCUACUUCACCCAUGUUGACUUCUUCUAUUCAUGGUGGUGCUCCUUCAUAUUAUUCUGGUAUGGAUGAAGAUAAUGCCUCACGUGUGGACUCUAUGUUUUCCUCUAUUCAAUCCAAUCAAUCCAAUAUGCGUCCUAAUCCAAACACUCCUCCUCCUAUUCGAACUGUUCGUUUAGAUGGUGGUAUUGUUCAUCGUCCUGGUGGCCCUCUUCCUCAGCAUAUCACUCCUACUCCUCCUAGAAAUUCUACUUUUUACAAUGAUGAUGAUGAACAACCGGAUGAUGACAAUGAUGAUGAUUAUGAAGAUUAUUAUUACGAGGAUGAUGAUGAUGAUUAUGAUGAUAUUGAUGAUAUUGGUAUGGAAGAUACUUUACAAGAAACAACAUCACCUACCACUACUACAACACCAACAACAACAACUUCAACAACAUCAUCACAUACUCCAUUGGAAACAAAAGAAGAUUUAGCAAAUGAUAAGAAUCGUGCUGCGGAUGAUGGUUUCAAUGAAGCUUUUGCAAAAAUGGCUCAUGAAUAUGGACUCCCUGAAGAUGUUGCCAAAACUCUCUCACCGGAAGCAAAACAAGUUUUAUUACGGAAUAGUCAGGCCAAUUUGCAACAAAACAAUACCAAUGGCUUCUUUUCUUGGCGUACUUGGGGAAAGAAAGAUAAACAUCGAAUGGACGUAUUACAAAAUCAAUUCUUUGAUCCAUCUACUACAUCAAAUAACAACAAUCUGCUUACCGAAAGGAAAAACAACAAACGUGGACACGGUGGAAAUAGUAUCAACAACAAUAGAAAGAAGGCAUACUCGACAUCUGCGCGUGCAAAAUCUCAACGCAUCCCUAUCAUGUCUUUCCAUCAAGAUAAUAACAACAAUACUAAGAAAUCAACCAAACGUUACGAUCUUACCAUGAAAAAAGGACUAUCUCCUGAAUACUUUAUACAUCUAUUAAAGGACUGUCAUGUACGUGAAUUGGAUGAAUCCCAAGUGCAAGAUCUUCGUGUAUGUCUUCGUAGUGUAAAAGCAAGUUGGACAACUGAGUUUUUGGAGUUAGGUGGUUACUUGGCUAUCUCUAAUCUCUUUCGACAAAUGAAUCAAGCUCCAAAAAGAUCUCCUAAUGAUGAUAAAAUUCUUCAACAUUUGGCUAAAUGUUUCAAAGCAAUCAUGACUCACGAGCAAGCUGGUAUUGCCAUUGUUUUGACCAAUCCCGUGGGCUUGGAAUACAUCCGUGACCUAUUAUUUGGACCAGUUAAUCAGAAACAAAGAGCUCUGUACAGUUUGAGUGUCAUUACUCGAGCUCACUUUUUGAAUAUAUUGUGUACGUUAGCCAAUUUACAAACAACUCAAACCGAAACAGUACCUUAUAUUCAUGGAUACGAUGUAUUGCGACGAUUACUUUUGGACUGUCCUUCAACAACACAGGAUACUACAGGUGGCACAGCAAUGGAAAGCAACACUUCUUCUUCAUCACAAUCCAGUAAUCAAUCCACUGAAGAUAGUUUCCCUUUCCGCAUGACUCUCAAAGAGGAUCCUCAAACUGUGAUGAAAUUGAUUUUGGAAAACGACCCUUUUUAUUCACAAGGACAACCGUUUAAACCUCGAUAUACAGCAUGGAUGCGUGAAUUACAAUAUACUGUGGAAAAGGAAAUAGAACCCAUCACCUUUUUAGCACAAGUAUUGGAUUACAAGUUUGAAAGUGCUUUUCGACAAUUACGUAUCAAGCCACCAACACCACAACAACAACAACAGAAAGAACAAGAAGAACAAGCAUUGGAACAAGAAGCAGUAGAACAAAAAGAAGAAGGCACAGGGAGUGUUAUGGUGGAUGAUGGUGUUGCUGAAUAUUUGAUUGCACAUCUUCGAUUAAUCAAUACGAUUGUGGCUACUCAACCGACAUUUUAUACUGGACCUUAUGAUGAUCGAGACAGAGAAAAAGUACGAUUGGAAAUUAUGAUGUCUGGUUUUGAUAAGAUUGCAAAGGCACUUCAAUCUUGUCCUCAUCCAACAUUGUAUGCUUUUUAUUUCAGAUAUUUACAACCUCUAUUACAACCUUUGGCCGAUAUUUCAACACAACCAUCAUCUCCCUCUUAAAAAAAAAAGACUUCCUUUGUUCUGCUAGUAUGAUUAUAUAUCCCCCUCAAAAUUUGUUUUGAUCUCAUCUCUUCGAUUGUGAUGUUUUUUUCUUUUAUGAUUAUCAUUAUUAUUGUUAUUAUCAUUAUUUAAUAAACAUGUUACUUCUUUUAAAA